GCUGCUCUCACUCUGCAAGUGAAGGGGAAUCUGACUGGAGGCUCAGCAUAGUGGGAGUCCCUCUCUGCCACACCGGGAGUGCCUGGGGGGGGUGUUUGCAGAGAGAGGAGGUUCAGUCAAGCAGUGAUGGAUGGAGAGAAAGCAAGACAGGAGCAGGCAGAGAGCAGUUUUCAGCCCUUCUGAAUCUUUCAUUAGGGAGAUCCUCCAACAUCAAGCUGCCUUGAUGGACUGAGGCUGAAGAGCUGGUACUGGGGUGUGCAUUCAGCAGGCAUCAGCUGUGUCCGAGAGACAGAGGGACACAGGGACAAGGGGAGGGAUAGAGCGCUGCAGGGGUGUGCACCUAACAGACACCAGAACCAGGAGGGAGAUGGAAGAGGAGCAGUGUUGAAAAGAGGAAUUCUCCUCUCUUGGAAGGAGCUGAGCGUGACCCUGCUGUGGGUAAAGCUCCCUCAAGAGAAAUCACGGUGUAUGAGCCGAAAGAAAAGAGAGGAAGAGGGCACGACUGCUGGCUGGAUAAUCCCUAAACCCCUGAAGAACGGGGGGUAAGGGGGAAGACGGAGGGUAUACCCGAACAACGAAAAGGUAUGUGUGAUCUGGCCUGGGUUCAUUUGUGUGUGAGGUAGCCUCAGUUUUACCUCCACAACUUCCUCUCUGUUUCUGGACAAGGCAAGAGAAGAACAGAUUUAGCUGUGCAUGACGGACUGGUGGGCCUGAAUUUGGGCAGAAUUUGACAGAGAAAUUAAGUCUGCCUCACAGAGCUGAACUCACGUCCUGUGGGGAUGUCGUCCAACGAGCUGAGCGUCGAGAUGGACUCCUGCAUCCGGACGUUCAAGGAGCACAUGCACCUGGAGCUGGAGCCUCCCAAGAUGCCAGGCGUGAUGGGAGGGAAGAGGGGCGCCACGUCCCCGAAGCUGUCUCCGAGAAGCUCCCCUCGGCUCUUUCGGAAACUCAUGGUCAACAAGAGCAUCCGACAGAGGCGACGCUUCACCGUGGCUCAUACCUGUUUCGAUGUGGAGAAUGGCCCGUCUGCCGGCUGCAGCCCCCUGGACCCCCAGGCCUCCCCCGGCUCUGGUCUGGUCCUCCACACCAACUUUCCCGGUCACAACCAGCGGCGAGAGUCCUUCCUCUACCGCUCUGACAGCGACUAUGAUCUGUCUCCCAAGUCCAUGUCACGAAACUCCUCCAUCGCCUCUGAACUACAUGGUGACGACCUGAUCGUUACACCUUUUGCUCAGGUUCUGGCAAGCCUUCGGAGUGUUAGGAAUAACUUCACUGUGUUGACCAAUGUCCAGUGUGCCUCCAGCAAAAGAUCUCCGGCAGCAGUGACUCAGCCUCCGAUCACCAGAGUUUGUCUCCCAGAUGAGGCGUACCAGAAGCUUGCCAUGGAGACGAUGGAGGAGUUGGACUGGUGUCUGGACCAGCUGGAGACCAUCCAGACCUACCGCUCCGUCAGCGACAUGGCCUCUAACAAGUUCAAGAGAAUGUUGAAUCGGGAGUUGACGCACCUAUCUGAGAUGAGUCGGUCUGGGAAUCAGGUGUCCGAAUUCAUCUCCAACACCUUCCUAGACAAACAGAAUGAGGUGGAGAUCCCGUCGCCGACGUCCAAGACACGAGAGAAGAAGAAGCAGCAGAAGCAGCAGCUGAUGACACAGAUCAGCGGGGUCAAGAAGGUCUCCCACGGGCCCUCGCUCUCCAGCAGCAGCAUCUCUCGCUUCGGCGUCAAAACAGAUAAGGAGGAGCUGCUGUCCAAAGAGCUGGAGGAUCUGAACAAGUGGGGCCUGAACAUCUUCACCGUUUCAGAGUUCUCCAACAACCGACCUCUGACCUGCAUCAUGUACGCCAUCUUCCAGGAACGAGAUCUGUUAAAAACCUUCAAGAUCCCGGUGGACACGUUCGUGGCCUACAUGAUGACAUUGGAAGACCACUACCAUUCAGAUGUGGCGUACCACAACAGCCUACAUGCUGCUGACGUGGCCCAAUCCACCCACAUCCUCCUGUCGACUCCAGCCCUGGAUGCGGUCUUCACAGAUCUUGAGAUCCUAGCAGCCAUCUUCGCUGCAGCUAUCCAUGAUGUUGACCAUCCUGGAGUUUCAAACCAAUUCCUAAUCAAUACCAACUCUGAGCUGGCUUUGAUGUACAAUGAUGAGUCUGUGCUGGAGAACCAUCACUUGGCUGUGGGAUUCAAGCUGCUGCAGGAGGACAACUGUGACAUCUUCCAGAACGUCACCAAGAAGCAGAGACAGUCUCUACGCAAGAUGGUCAUCGACAUGGUCUUGGCAACAGACAUGUCCAAACACAUGAGUCUCCUGGCUGAUCUGAAGACGAUGGUGGAGACCAAGAAGGUGACGAGCUCUGGAGUGCUACUGCUGGACAAUUAUACCGACAGGAUACAGGUGCUACGUAACAUGGUGCACUGUGCUGACCUGAGUAACCCCACUAAGUCCCUGGAGCUGUAUCGUCAGUGGACUGACCGGAUAAUGGAGGAGUUCUUCCACCAGGGAGACAGAGAGAGGGAGAGGGGGAUGGAGAUCAGCCCCAUGUGUGAUAAACAUACAGCCUCGGUGGAGAAGAGCCAGGUGGGUUUCAUUGACUACAUCGUGCACCCUCUUUGGGAGACCUGGGCUGAUCUGGUCCACCCGGACGCCCAGGACAUUCUGGACACUCUGGAAGACAACAGAAACUGGUACCAGAGCAUGAUCCCCCAGAGUCCCUCCCCUCCCUUCUACGACCAGGGCUCGCACGGACACAGUGGAGGAAACGGAGGGCAGGGGGGCGGGGAGAAGUUUCAGUUUGAGCUGACCUUGGAGGAGGAGGACUUGGAUGGAAUAGAGAAAGAUGGUGAAGGGGAGGAGGAGGAGGAAGGUGAAGAGGAAGAAGACUUAGAAGAGGAGGAGGAUAGUGUGGGAGAUUCUCGAUCUCCUCCCCUGGACUAUUUGGACAGUCAGGAGCACGAGGAGGGCCGAAUGAUCGAGCCCACGCCAGCAAUAGAAAUUGUGACACAUGAGGCGUCACCCACAGAUACAUAGUGUUUCCAUCAUCAUCCUCACGUGGUGAUUUGAAAGUUUUUUGGAAGAAAAGAGGGGAAAUCCUCUUGCAGCUGUGCUUUUUAACAAGCCCACAGAGGCAAGGGCUUCGUUUUGGCCCGCACACGGGCGUCUUGCACUUGGGUGUUUGAAGCCAGACAUGGACGGACAGUUUCAGUGAAGCGGCUUCAGAGUUCUCAGGAAAUAAUUGCUGCGAACAUUUAGUCCUGGCAGAAAGACGAGACUGGGGUGUGGAACUUGAAGGAUUCUGGCCAGUUUGGGAAAUGGUUACUUUAAUUUUCUGGACUGGCAUUAUGAAAAUGGACAAUGACACUACUGAGAGAAGUUUUGUACCUUAAGACUUUUUUACAGAUAUGAUCUAGAAGUAGCAUAGAGUCAAGAUCUACAGAUGGAGACACGUUUGUAUAGCAAGAGAAAGUGUUUACUUUUUUCCUGUACCAUUUGUCAAAGGACUUUUGUGUGCCUUUUUUACUAUUGUCUUUAUAAUAGUUUUUUAUUUAUUGAACACUCUAGUAUGUCUGUGAAAUAUUUUUUUUCUUAUCUGAAAGAGCAAAAUCUUUUUUGUAUGUUAAAAAAGAGAACAGUCUUCCAUGUAUUGGGCAAUAGAGAAAUCCAAACAAACGUCGACAAACAACUCUCGGACAAACUCAUCUAAAUAGGAAAACAUCAACACCCACAUUCAACGCACAUUUCUAUCACUUUUGUUUUUCAAAACUGAGCACAACGUGUUGUUUGCAACUGCUUACAUACACUCAUGGUUCAUGUUACAGUCAGUCAGUGAAUCUAUUUUCAUGCUUCACAUGUCUUUCCUUUUUUCUUUGUACCUGUCUGCAAACCAUUUGUACUUCCAGUAUUCUCACACCUAAUCUAUUUUGAUGCAACAUACUCGCUCAGUCUGGAUAUAAAAACAUAUACUUGCAAUCAUACAAUAAUAAAUUCUCGUCAUUGGGAUAUUUUAUUGAUACGAUUUUAGCUUUUCGUUUUUGUUGUGUUGGUGUGAAUGUAAGCACGACUAAAAUACAAACCUGUUAGUUGGAAUGGGUCCUGACCCCAGACCCCUCUGCAUUCCCGCCCAGAUCCGAUGAUGACAGGUGCUCUUACAGUCGCCUGUCUGAAAGCCACUCUCACACUCUAAUCAACACCAUGAUAUACAAACCCCCCGGGGCUCCAUUGACACGACCCCAAAAAACAAUCAGGCGGGCUAUUUCUUCCUCGUGAUACAAAUCCCUCGAGUGCUGCUUCUGCUCAUUGACGUCACUUUAAUUAUUUCUGUCUCCACUGUUUCAGGUUUCCGGGACGGUGGAGUUAUUAGGAUUUGACACAGGUUGUACAGCUGGAAUCAGCGUAGCAGAAAGAAAAAAUUAGAUGCUCUACUUUUUCAAACCAAACCAAACAGCUCUGUUUGAUUCCUCACUGAUGCAUUAAGGGAAGAUAGGUUGAAAAUGGUUUGCAGACCUCACAAUUCUACUCUUGUUGCUUCCAUGACUGAAUUUUUUGGAUGUUCCAGUCACAGUUGUAAUCGUGUCUCUCCAUGUUCAUGUUGGUUUACUGACUCAAAAGGUACUUCAUCUAGUUUCACUCCAGCAUGCUUAAGUGGCAAUCGUUUGUGUGCAGUUUGUAUGUACGGAUGGUUUUGUAUGUUGUGUGUGAGUCUGUCUGUGUGUGUUUGGAUGUGCUGACUUUGUCACCAGGCCUUACCCCUAUCACUCCACACCUUUGUCGCUAAUGUUUGUCGCUAGGAGCUCAAGUUGGUCCUUUUUGCUGUUUAUAACAGUGUGUAUUUAUUCUAUACUUUAAGCUUGUAAAUAAGAAAUACUGGUUCAGUGUAAAAUCUAUUUUAAUUUAUAUGCACUUGCAUUACCUGGAAGUGGUGGUGUCUAAUGUGUAGAGAGACUCUGGAUUAGAGUCUUUUUAUAGAUGUAUUAUAUAUUGAUAUAUAUUGUUUUCACACACACACACAUACACACACACACACAUAUAUAUAUAAGUAUAUAUAUAUAUAUAUAUGUAUAUGUAUAUACAUAUAUAUAUUAGCGCCCAGCAGAGCAGCAGCUAAAGAGACAUGUUGUUGUCACAUGAGAACCUUGUAACUCUAAUUACAACAUAAAAAUUAAAAUAGUCUUUUAAUGUAACGUCACAGACGGAAUAACAUCAUAUUAUUAUUAUCCAUGAAUAUUAAACCAAAAAGAUUCUUACUUUUACGUUGUUUUAAAAUCUUUUUUUAAAUCUUUAUCAGAAAAUGUAAGUUUCUCUCUAAGUUUCAUUUAUUCAAAUGUCUUUAAUUUAAUAUUUGCAAACUAUUUGAGAUCAACACAGUUGACAGGUUUUCAUGUGAUGGCAGCAUCUUGGUAACCCAGAGGCAACAUAGAGGACAUGUUAAACUGCAUAGGCUUGGAUAUAGGACACAUAAAAGCUAGCUAAGGAACACAGAAGCUUAGUCAGUGCUCGGUAUCAAAGUGUAGAAAUGGCUGAUUAUCUCUCAGCGGCUCCACACAGCCUUCGCUUCUUCAUCCAGCAUUUGAACGCAGAUCGCUGAUAUGAGGCAUGACACAGAUUCGACUGACAAACACGAAGCGAUUGUCUCCUUUCACACUCGACACACUUCAUGUAAAGGUAGAUAAGACGGGGACGGUAUUGGUAGCAUGCUACAAUACGCCCAGCACAGACGUGACUCGUUCUGAAUUAACAACAAAACACGAUCUUAUGUAACUGAUUGUGCUAAUGUGUGAACUCUUUCUGACCAAACUUGUUAGCAGUUUUGAAAUUCAAAAUUUGUCAGUAUUAACAUUGUUUAUCUAUGUUCAAGCUUUUUUUUCUGGUCCUAGUUGUGUCCAAAUGGUUAGCCAGAUUUAGCACUAUCUGCAUGAGAGGUGGGGUUUUUUAAUUGUCAAUAAUAUGUUCAAGUCCACCAGUUAUUGCCGGUGGAUUAUUAAAUGUUUCACACAAUGUAUGGUAUUAUAUUGUAUAUUGUGUUCAAAAAUAAAUCUGAAAUACUUUUUCUAUGAAGUGAUUAAAAGCAAA